GGAUUGGUGGAUGAUGAUGCAUGUUCCCGGAAGGAGUGCACCGCAGUUAUCACAUGUACUUUUACGAUGAAAACAGGACGAUUCUAUUCGCUCUCACAGAUAUGAUUUGUAGUUUAUCAGAUAAAUGUAAAUAUUUGCGGAGUAUGAUUAACAUUAUAGCUUUAAAUAGAUAUAUUUAAUAUAUUAGUUAGUUAUAUGAAUCCUCUGUAAAAGAACGUCGCUCACAGUGUUUCUCAAGUUCUGUCACUGAAAAGGAUUUUUAAAAAAAAUGUCCAGUGCUGUUUUAUUAUCAUUGCACCAACAACUCAAAAAAUGCUUUGAGAUGCUAAAAGCGGAUAAAAUCGUUUGGGACGGUGAACUAGCUGAAUGUAAACCUCUCAUGAGCUCUCUUGGAAACCUUGCAGUGCAGUUGAAGGCACUGAAAAACGUUCAGAUUGCAAACACACCUCUUGCCAAUUUCCCUAGUUUACAAGAACGCCUUCAUUACAAACUGGCACUGGCUGUGGAUGCAGUUCUGGGAAAACUAGCUGAGAAAAUGGAUGCUCUUCAGAGGGUACGGGAUGCCAUCAGUCAACAGGUGUCUGCUGUUUUCCAGUUCUAUGAGAAGAACACAGACACUCUUGACAUUGCUGGUUGUGUCUCCCGAUCAGCCAUCUGUCCCUCCAUCUCAGAUAUGUUAGAGUGGCUUCAAGAUGCAGAUCGCUAUUACCGCCUACAAUUAGUGCAGAGAAGGAACCUCCUGCAGACGCUGACACCCAGUGACCUUACGUUAAUGGAAACGGCUCCAAAGAGAUGGGAAUCUCUACAUUCAGCUAGUGGAGAGGAGAGAAUUGCAGAUGCAUUGUGUCAAGUUUCAUUUUUCAUGGAGACUGAAUGAAUGUCAGCUAUUUUAUCAAGUCAUUUCUACAUCCUGUGUUGGCUGUUGUUCUCAGUUUGGCAAAGAAGGAUCCUUAAAAAAAGGACAGCUGUAUAGUCAUGGUGGAAGUCAAGACUCCUGGAAUAAUUUUGUUUUGCUAUGGGAGUUAAUUGUCAAAGACUGAAUAUCAACAUCACUGUAAGAGCAGUGCUCUGUUUUAAUAAACGUUGUUAUUUAAUUUAUGCUUUUUUUAUAUCGAUAAAACAAUUGCACUGUUGUCAUUGAA